AAGGAUACCAAAGGAUACAGCGGGAAAUUGAUCUUACAAAACAAGAUCAUGACAACGCUUCUAAAAUGGAGUUUUGGAAAAAUUUGAACACCAAAGUCAAUGCAGUUGCCCUUCAGCACGAAGUUAUUUUAAUCACAUUCUUCAAGACAUGUCAAGCAAUAAGGGUCACAUUUUUCCUCAGUUACUACUUCGCCAGUAUCACAGCAUCGUUCAUGUUAUUGGAAACUAUGCUCUCCGGAAUAACAGUAAUGGCACUCAUUUCAUUUUGCGGCGCCAUGGCUUUGAUAUUCGAUUGCUACUGGUAUUGCAGAUCGAUAGACGCCUUUAAUGAUGUGAACGAGACGAUUGCUCAUAACGUUUUAGUUUUAACUGCCGGAUUUCCAUAUACGCCACUUUGCCACAAGGAAUAUCGUGACAUCUGCUCCACUUUGAGACUUAUUCAUCUUUCAGCCAGACAAGGCGUGCAAAUUCGUGGAGCUGGCACCCCAGUUAUCAGUACUCCUGCUGUCACUGCUAUGAUUAACAUGAUCUACUCUGCGCUAACAUUUUUCCGGAAUUUUAAAUAAUAAUGAGCUUAGCUUGGUUGA